UCUCUGUGGAUUAAUUCAUAUAUGUCUAUCUAAUUGCAUUUCCAAAUUAUAAUCUGAAUUGGGUUUAUCGAAUUUGAUUGCAACUGUAUUUUAUUUUGUAUUUGUUUCGUCCCUAUUUAUUUCUGGGAUUACUUGAGACCGAGCUGAAAUAUAGAAAAAAUGGAUGGAUUCCUUCUAAAUUUGCAAUGGUGCAACGGGAACUUUUGAAUCACGGGUCCAUCUCCGUUUGACUCACGUACUUAGCUUAGGUUAUAUCUCAAUGCCAGAUUGAAUGUCAUGCUGCAGUUUGGAGAUUGAAAAAGGGAACACCAAAUGGUUUAUGGUUUAUGGUUUAUUAUUACAUUUUUUUAAUCUUACAAUAGUUCAAUUGUAUUAAUAGUGAAUAGAAGGAAAUGUUAGUAAGUAGUUCAAUUGUAGCACAGUUUGAUCUUCUGUGGAUGGAAACUCUAAAUAAAGAUGAGUUCCUGGUUUCUAGCUCGUCCAUUACAUAAUUUCAAGGGAACUAAUGAUCCUCAUUGUUUAUAUUCUGUGAGUUGCUUGGUGGGUCUUUUCUGGAAAUGGCUUAAUUCUAGAAGCAAUUACCGUGCACUAACAUCUCUGUUUUGGGCGUUUUGGCAAUUGUUGGGACAUGUAUAAUUAUUAUUCAGAGUGACGCUUUGGCCCUUUUGAGAUAUCGUGAUGCUGGAAGAUAAAGGUUGGGAAGAUCCUCGUUCCGUUAAUAGCCCUAAGAGGAUUUUGAGUUUUUCCAAGAAUAGGAAGGCUACUGUGUUCUUUCCAGACCCAGACGACAGAGAUUCAAGAUUUGGUGUUUCUGGAGAUCAAGGACCCAAGACUUCUGAAGUUUAUGGAUUUGUUGGCUCCAUUACUAUUGUUGUUGCUACAGUUCUUUUUCUGGUGUGGGCAUAUCUUCUCGAACAUUGGUUGCAUUCUUUGGGUAUUGUUUACUAUCCAAGCAGGUACUGGGCAUUAGCUGCGCCCGCUUAUGCGAUGAUGACCAUAGCACUAGCUGUAGGAUUUUACAUUGUUCUCAACUUCUUGGCUACCCCUCCUCCAACUUCUUUCAGCAUGAUAUAUGAUGAAUUCACAAGAGAACCUUUGCGCAACGUGCCUUCAACAGACAAUGAUGAGCAACCUAUAGAGCCUAUAUCUGAUAUUCGGAUUGAUCAAAUAAAUGACCUUAUGUUCAAUCCAAGAUGAGAAAUAAUUUUACUGUGCAGUUAUUUUGCUUGGGUAGAUUGUAUCAGUUUCAUUUAUCAGUGUAUCUCUUUGAUUCACCCAAUUCAGGUACUUGACAUUAAAUGUAAUUUAGAUGUGGCUUUUUUCACAAUCGUUCAUUUGCUUUCCUCUGUGUAGUACCGAAAAACUAAUAUACUGGUUAGCAAGGGUAUAUUACUGUUAG